UGGUUUAAAAUACUCUAUAGUUCAUUACCAUAAUAAAAACAUAACCUUAUUGUAAAAAAGAAAAUAUUUAGUUGAUAAAAAUGUUCUAAAAUGUAAUAAAAUUAUUGGAUUUCUAAAUAUGGUUCGUCAUAAACAUAGAUAUAUUGUUUUGGAGAUAAGUGAAAUAGGAGGAUCUCCCACUUCACCUCUAAAAAUAAGAGAAUAUUCUAUAUAUAAGUCUAUUCAAUCCCAUAUACAAACUCAACAUGGUGAUUUUGGAGUAGCAGCAACUCGAGCAGGUUUUAUGGCAAAAUAUUUAAAUGAACACACAAGAAUAGCUGUAAUUCGCUGCAGGCGGGGGUCCUAUAAGUUUGUGUCAUCCGUUAUUCCUCUUAUUAGAAAAAUUGACGAAAAAACUGUUGUUGUGAAUAUACUCUAUGUGGGGGCAACUAUUAGAAAAUCAUUUUUCUUCAUCCGGAACUACCAACAAAAAAAGUUGGAUGAAUAUUGUGUUAGUUUAAAAACCGAUGAGGAAAGAAAUCGUUUAAAAGAAGCUAUGUUAAAUUUUGAUAGUAUUUUUUCCAAACUCUAAAAGACCGCUUAAAAAUUUUUGGUAAAAUAUUUACACUAUGUUAAGGUGCUUCAACAUUUUUUGUUUGUAUGUUUGAUGUUUUUAUUUGAUGUAAAAAACCUUACAAAACACGUCUUUAAUUUUAAAAAUUUAAUAGUUUUUUUAUUAACGAAAAUCAGAAUACAAUAUAGCAGUUACGAAAAAUUGUCUCACAGUUUUGUUAAGCUCAAAAACUCAACUUUAAGAAUAUUUUUUUUUCAAAAAAAUUGCUUAUUUAUGUGUAAAUUCAAUUUUAAUAAAAGAAAUUUUCCCCUUGUUCAUUAAAUGGGAAACUAACAUAAGAAAGUGACCCCUUAGAGUUGAGCCAUAGAGAUCAUGUGUAAGGAUUUUUUUCACAUCAAAUAAAAACAUUUGAAAAGGUAAAAGUAAACAAAAUUUGAAGCACCCCAAUGUAUAUUUACACUGAUUAGUAUAUAUUUCUUAUAUAGGUAUAUUUCUAUGAAAUUAGUAAGCAUUAUGUUUGGCUAUUACAAUAUUUGAGAGAUUUUAAAUAAUUCAUGGAAUGGCAAAAUCAAGGAAUAGUGGUGAAAAAUGAACUUAAAAUGAAAAAACAGUAGUUUGAAUAUAUUACUCUUGAAAUUAUGAAAUAAAUCAAAUUUUCAAACUGUUCAAACAUAUUUAGUUGGUGGAUGAUAUUAGUGCAGGAAACUUGUGUUCAAUUAUUUGUAAAGGUUUUGGUAUGUGUGCUGGUCAAUUAGUCUUUAGUAUAGUUUAGUUCCCUCUAAACAUGACAGGAAUUUUCAUGUACUAAUCCUUCAAGUAAUUUCUUGUUAACAAAUAUAAGUUUAACUGUCAAGUUCAUCCUCCUAUAUUCAUAUUAUAAUCAAUAGCCAUUGGUUUUUCUGACUCUAGAGAACUUAAUUUAAUUUCUUUUUUAUCUAGUUACUUUAUUGUCAACUCAUUUUUCUUGAACAAUGAAGUUUGAUCAUGUUUUCUCUAUUUAGUAAUUUUCAUUGGUGAUGGGAUACAUUUUUGGCUAGUCUUAUAGUUUCAACACAUCCAGUUUUAUAUUUUGCAAUUUUAUCUGAGAAAUAAAUAUGAUCAUAAUUGUCUAGAAAUAGACAGUAUCACUAAGAUAAGAAGGUGAUAUAACAAGAAAUUCUUGAUGUAAUGUAUACAAGAUAAUUACACAAGUAACAUCUGUAUUUCAAAUCUUUUCUGUAUUCAUAAACUUUAUAUUUAACUAUGUAUAUAAAGCAACAUACAUUUUUCUUUCUAGUAAUAAAAAAAACUAGCUGUAUUUUCUAUAAAUAAAUAAACUUUUGUAAUAUGUGAAAUCAGCUACACUAUCUGAAUCAUAAUUUUUAUUAGAAUUUUCAUCAGAUUUGUUUGAAUUACUGUAAAACUAGUCACUCUUCAAUAUUAUAUAACAUUCAACAUGUGACAAGUAAAUGUUUUUUUUUUAUUUUUGACCACCUCAAAGAGUUUCAUCCCAAGUGGACUGCUGCCAAUAUGAUGAUGUCUUAUAAAUAUGUCAUAUAUACAUAACAGGUUAAAAAAAAUUUGGGUUUGCUAUUUAUAUUUAUAGGUACUUCGGAAAAAUUGCUUCACCUUUGUCACGGUAAAUUUUGUAUCUUUAUGAAGUGAUUUUUAAAAAAUUUCAAUAGCAACUAAGAAUAUAAUACUAUAUUAUACUUUUAUCUAAAAUAUAUACAUUUGUACAACA